AGAAGGCAGUGACUGAGCGCCCGCCACACGAGUUAACGCGUGUAAUAUCCUUUCGUCUGAUCGACUCGGACAUUCGUGCUGGGAGUUAAAAGUUUCGUCUUAAGGAAAGUGCUUGCCGAUGGCAAGUAUCGCAGAAGAAACCCGGUACACCGUGGUCCCAAAGGCUGAAGACGCGUCCUAGACCUCUAUUCCGGCCUUCCACCAUGCCGACGGACCACUACCUGUCGUGGGCGCUGGACACGGAGGCCGACGACGUGCACGAAGUGUUCCUCUCCGGCAUCCACCCUUCGCUCGUGGACGACGACCUGGCGCUCUGCGUGAAGCUGGAACGGGUUGCGGCGACGGUGCAGGACGCCCCUCGCGGGACACGUGAAUCCCCCGAGAAAGUGCGGCUGGGGGUCUGCAGCGACGACGAUGGCGACGACGAGGAGUUCCUGGACGCGGUGCGCGGCCAGUGCCUUGCGGACGGCGUGCUGUUCCGCCACGACGCCAGCCUCUGGGCCGACGGCGGAGAUGAGGCGCCCGCGGACGCCGAGGCCACGCCCACUCCACUGCAAACGGCUGGCUGUGGCGCGCCGCUCUCCGAAGUGCGACUCCCAGAGCUCGAGCGAUUGUCGAUGGACGUCGUUGACGAAUCUGACGAGAACGGGAUCGGAAUUGAUGCCGGUUGUCUCGGCAUUUGCGAGGAACCUUCCGAAAUGAGGGAAUCUGGAAGUGACGUCAGCGAGAUGUGUCAGGGACGCGGUCUGGAGCCCAUGGACUGCGUCCCAGGCGGCUCAUCAUCGCCUGGCUGUUACCUUGCCCCCGAGGCAGUCGAAGAGGUGGUCGUGUCCCUCACCACUCCACUGGAAACCUCACCUGGCUCCGAGGGCUGCACCAGUGUCCUUGACCAGGCGUCGGAGGACCAUUUGGCUCUCGUGGACAAUGGGCGUGGAGAUGCCCCUCGUGAAGAAGUAUGCCGGAGGGAUUCCUUUUCAGCGGAGUCACCUGCUGGUGAAAUCUCUUCAGGGGAAUCUUCUCAUAAGAAUGUUGUGACUCACGAGCUUUGUCAGGAAGACCCUUCGCAAGAAGAUUUACUGCAAGAGGACUCGUUACUGGAAGGCCCUUCACUGCAAGGACCUGCACCAGCGGACCUGUCACAAGUAGACUCUUCUCAAAAGGGCCUUUGCCAGAAAACCCUCCAUAUGAGGACCCUUUUGUAGAAGGCUCUUUGCUUCAAGAACCUUUGCCAGA